AGAGAGAGAGAGAGAGAGAGAGAGAGACGCACAGUUUAUUUAUUCAGAGCUUAUAAUCAGUCCGCGCUCCAAAUGCAAACUAAAAGCAGCCGGUUUACACCUUUAACAGAUUUUUCGGAAUAUUUAUUUGUUGUUGUUUUUUUUGUCAAGAUUUCCAUCUGUCGACACACGUAUGCGUGUUGAGUCGUCGGGAAAAGGUCGUUUUUGGUUUUAAUACGCGCAGUUAGGCAUAAAAAACGUGCAUACGCUCAACCUGCAGCGAAUAUUUUUAUUUUUAUUGGCCAAAAGGGUAAAAGGAGAAGAUUAACAAAUAAAAAAAAAUACAACACAGGGACAACAAAAAGCCAGAAGGGUAACGAGAGGACAGCAGCGCCGGAAAACAGUAAUGAUUGUGAUUAAAUGCGUCAGAACAGCUGUACCUUGCUGCUGACAUAAACUUGACGACCCAAAGGUGCCAGUUUCCAUACGCACAAGAAGAAACAACAGAUUCGUCUUGAGCAUCUGCCUCAUCUCUGCAUCUCUGCAGGAUGGUACAGCCAGCAUUCCACUUCCUGUCAGGCAUGUCUGCCAGGUGUUUCCUCUUCCUGUGUGUGCUCAGUGCUCUCUGGGUCUCUCUGUGUAAUGGGGCGUGUGCAGAGGUGGAUUCGGACACUGAGGCGGUAGCAGGGGAAGGCUUUAAACUGGGCUGCAUUUCCUGCAAGAUGAGAGGAGAAGUGGAAGCCAAAGCUAUCGCCGACUGGUACUUCAGGGCUAAGGGAGAGACAGAGUUUGUACAUAUCUAUAACUACGAAAGCGAGGCGGCCGUCAUAAUCGACGACCGCUUCAGUGACCGCGUGUACUGGAAUGGCAGUAGAAAUACCCCUGACCUGCAGGAUGCCUCCAUCUAUAUCCACAAUGUGAGCUUUAACGAUUCGGGAGUGUACCGCUGCUUCUUCCGCCGAACCCUUCUCUAUGAUGCCUAUGAGUACGAGACUACCGCCACCAAGGUGGUGCACCUCACUGUAGUCGGAAAAGCGACACGCGGUACGGCCUCCAUCGUUUCGGAGGUAAUGAUGUACGUGUCAAUCAUCGGGCUGCAGCUGUGGCUGUUGGUGGAGAUGAUCUACUGCUACAGAAAGAUCGCUGCGGCCGGUGAUGAGGCCCUCAGAGCCAGCGCUGAGGAGUAUUUAGCCAUAGCAUCGGAAAGCAAAGAUAACUGCACAGGAGUGCAGGUGGCUGAAUAACAGAGGCUUUACCUGAGUUACCCUCAUGCCUCUUCAUGUUCCUGUCUUCUGCUUCCUCCUGACAUCAUGACAAAUAUCCAGUUGGAUUCUGCCCAUUUUUCUACUUUUUACCCGAUCUUUUAAGCCAAGCCUUUCGAUGUUCCUGCACCGUUUUGUGGUCGUUUCGAACCGAUCCUUCUAGUUUCACAUGAAUGAGUUUAUAAGAGUAUUAAUAGAUCAGUAUAGAGUUCAGGAGAGCUUCAGGAACGAGUAUUGGCAAAACAAAUCCUUCUGAUUUGCAUGAAUGUAAAAAUAGGGCAUGAUUAUAGUCUCUUAUGUAUAUUGCACCUCAAACAUAUGCUUUGAUAUAGAAAAUAAUCGAAAUGCAUUACCUGUCUAUUGUACAUAUUACGGUUGCCACCUGCUUAUUAUUAUUAUUAUUAUUGUUAUUAUUAUUAUUAUUAUUAUUAUUAUUAUUAUUAUUAAUAAUAAUAAUAAUAAUAAUAAUAAUAAUAAUAAUAAUAAUAAUAAUAAUAACAAUAAUAAUAAUAAUAACAUUUUAAUUUUUCUUUUUUUUUUCAGUGUUUUCAAAACAAGCAGUAAAAUCCUAUUAAUCUGUUUUAUUAGUUUAUCCCACCAGUUACACUUGUCCUGGAAGUUUUGGGCCAAUUUUGCCCUUUUUCUUUUUUUUUAAAGCAACAAUCAGGCAUAAAGAAAGCUACAACAAGCAAAAGCUCUUCUAGAAAUUAAACAAGCACAAAAAUGGCCAAGAAAGAAAUCCUAAAAAAGAAACCAAAAAAUGUCACAGAACCUUGUUACAUCAUUCGCUUUAAUUUCAGAGUAAUUUCAAGGAUUUUCAACCGAAACGGUGUGCUGGCAUGUUUUACAAAAAAAAGGUGGCAACCCUAGUAUGUAUUUCUGCACUGAAUAUAGUACAAAAAUUUUUUAGCAAUAGUCCAAUGUUGCACUAGUGGUCAGUAAGGAAUACACUGAAUACAGUCAUUUUCAGGGCACUAUUUCUUUUCCAUGGUGUAUUACCACCAUGCAAUGCUACUAGUGCAUGCAGUAGCCUACAUUUGUAUGACAGCAGAACAAUCCUGUUCCUCUCAUUCAAUGCUGGAGCUACUUAGAUUAUCCAUAUAAAUCCUUAAAAUGUGAUGCAACUGCUUUCAGCCAAAUCUACAAGAUGUAGAUCCUUCCUAUGGGGCAUUGUGUGCUUACUUGUUCAAAGAAGUAAGACUUAUAAACAUUACUGUUUACUGAAUACAAAACAGAGAAUGUAAUAAAUCAAUAAGAAUAGGACAUCACCUUCUGCUACUGCAAUGAAAUAUACGCAAAUAGUUUUAUGCACUUUAGUCUCUUCGGUGAAUGCAUGAUCAAUCGGUAAUUAAGCAAAGCAAAUACUGUGUAUUAGACUCUCCAUAACCUACUUCUGCUCUAAUAUUCGACAUAUUUUUAUGACAAAAUUCUAAUCUAUCAGUGGAAAAGGAAGAAGGUGAAAAACUGCGAAGAGAAGAUUUAUGACUGAGUACAGUAUGUU